GCCACCAGGAGAGCUCUGAGCUUCAGUGAAAGGCAUCAGAAGUUAGUAGAUGAAAACUUCCGCAAAUCGUUGCAUAUCCAGAUAUUGAAUAAAUUAGAGAGGCAAGCCAGGAACCAGAUCGUGCAAAAUGAAAAUGACCAGAGGGUUGAACGUAAGAGAUUCCUCAGAGUGCUACAGAAUGAGCAGUUCGAGCUGGACAUGGAAGAAGCCAUCCAAAAAGCAGAAGAGAACAAGAUGUUGAGGGAUCAACAGCUUGAACAAGAAGAGAGACUUGCCAACGAACUGGCCAGACUAAAGCACGAAAGUCUGAAGGAUGAAAAGAUGAGGCAGCAAGUGAGAGAGAGCAGUAUAGAGCUCAGAGAGCUGGAGCAGAAAUUGAAAGCUGCUUACAUGAAUAAAGAGAGAGCUGCCCAGAUUGCCGAGAAGGACGCCAUCAAAUACGAGCAAAUGAAACGUGAUGCUGAAAUAGCCAGGGUCAUGAUGGAGGAACACGAGAGACUAAAGAAGGAAGAGUGUGUCAAGCAAGACCGGCGGAACAAGGAGAAGGCCCAGUACCACCUGGACCUGGAAAAGCAGCUGGAAGAACAAGAGAGGAGAAAGCAGGAGGCAUAUGAGCAGCUGCUAAAAGAGAAACUCAUGAUUGACGAAAUUGUCAGGAAGAUCUACGAGGAAGACCAGCUGGAGAGACAGCAAAAAUUAGAAAAAAUGAAUGCAACUCAGAAGUAUAUUGAAGAGUUCCAGAGAGAGCAAGCCCUCUGGAGACAAAAGAAGCGUGAGGAGAUGGAGGAAGAGAACAGGAAAAUCAUAGAGUUUGCUAACAUACAGCAGCAGAGGGAAGACGAGCGGAUGGCCAGAGUUCAAGAGAGUGAGGAGAAGAGAGCCCAGCGUCAGAAUUUGCUGAUCCAGAAGCUGGAAGAAAUGCUGCGGCAGCGUGAGGAUCUGGAGCAAGUGAGGCAGGAGCUGUACCAGGAGGAGCAGGCCGAGAUCCUGAAACUGAAAGUGAAAGAAGAAGCAGAGCAGAAACUGCGGAAGCAGAGGGAGAUGAAGCAAGACUUUGAAGACCAAAUGGCGCUCAAGGAAAUAAUUCUGCAGGCUGCAAAAGAGGAGGAAGAGACCUUCAGGAAAGCCAUGCUGGCUAAGUUUGCUGAAGACGACCGGAUAGAGCUCAUGAAUGCCCAGAAGCAACGAAUGAAGCAGCUGGAGCACAAACGGGCGGUGGAGAAGCUCAUCGAAGAGCGGCGCAGCCAGUUCCUUGCAGACAAGCAACGCGAGCUGGAGGAGCUGCAGCUACAGCAAAGACGGCAGGGCUGCAUCAACAAGAUCAUUGAAGAGGAAAGGCUGAGGCUCCUCAAAGAGCAUGCUGCAAACUUACUAGGCUAUCUCCCCAAAGGAGUAUUUAAAAGAGAGGAUGAUGUUGACAUGCUUGGUGAAGAGUUUAGGAAAGCCUAUCAGAAAAGGAGUGAAGUCUAUGAAGAGAAGUGAUCAGCACCAGCAGUUGACGAAACGUGAACUUUUCAGACACCACCA